UGGGUCAUAAAAGACAGGAGGUUGUCCAUAACGCCGAGACAGACAGAAAGCCAAGGGUUGGUGCGUGUUGGUGAUUGGAAAAGAUACACAGAAAAUCAUUUUUGGAUAAACCAUAAUCAUGUCAUACUCUGAAGUUACGAUUAAGAAAACGCUCCUUAAGACAUAUCUUCGCAAACAUGUGGCCCAUGAAAUAUACGUUGCGUUGACUCACUUCAAAAACCUUGAGCCCAUGAUGGAUAAAUACGUUUACAAUGAUGGAACCACAAAGGACUUGAUGAGUCUCAGCGGAACCAUUCCUGUCGUGUUUCAAGACCACACCUUCAACAUCCCAGUGUGCCUGUGGAUUGAGGAAACUUACCCCCAAACUGCUCCAAUCUGCUAUGUCAGACCCACACAAGAGAUGGUGGUCCUCAGAGGAAAGUAUAUCUGCAGUGACGGUGAAGUCGUGCUGCCUUACCUUGAGGAGUGGAAGAAUGGCGAGUGUGACCUAGUGAGCCUACUGCAGGUGAUGGUUGUCACAUUUGGAGACUUCCCUCCCGUAUGUAUGCAGUCUCAUCCAGAGCCUGAACAAGCUUGUCGGCUGCACUUCCACAGAGAAGCAGAUGUAUUUUCAAAGACAGAUGGAAGUUUGCAUCUGUAUUUAGCCAGAGAAGAUGAUCAACCUUUCCAGCCAGAAAAUGAAACCAACUGUUAGUCUUUUGUGGAAUUUGACAAUAAAUUGUGUAAAGACUGUUUGUGUGUUGCCUGUAAUGAAGUGUUUUAGCCUAUUUUUUAUGUUUCAUUAUUUUCCAAAUGAUUUAGACUGUAAAUGUCAUUCAGCACCUGGUGAAAACAUAUCGACUGAUUGGUGUGAAUGUAUUGCAUUCUUUUUUUAAAUGGUUUGAAAUGUUUUUCAUAUGAACAUAAACUACUUUGGCAUUUGAAUCUCUGUGUUCAUAGACACACAUUGCUUUACAAGCAGCUCAUAAAACUGCACCCAAAGGCCCAUUUGUUGUGAUCUUAUCCACAAAUGUUUUGGACUUUUGACCAGUGAAGAGAGAAGUUAGUAAUUUGUAGAACACAUACACAGAAAGGUACAGCAGUAAAACAUGGUAUAUUAUAGAAGAGUGCAGCUUAUUUAAUUUUGACAGAGAAUAUAGAACAGAAAUUCAUUAAUGUAAGCCAACUUGUUUUGCUUGUUGAUGUAAUUUAUCAGUUACUGUGUUUAAAAUUGUUGUGUCUUCUUUCGUAAAAUGUUUCAGUGGAUGCAUAAGCUAAUACCUAGAUUAACCACAACUUUCAAAACUGUCAAAACUGUUCUCAAAGACAGGAUUAUUAAUUGACAGCAUCACACAACCUCUUGUGAAAAGUGACUCAUUCAUUGAUUCAUUCAGGUAUAGAAUUAGGGUAAAUAAAGAGCCAUGUUAAACAUGUUUGUGCUUAUUAUUGUGGAAAUCAUCAUACAAAAGUUGACUUGUUUGUUGCCAAACAAACAAGUAAAUUUUUGAUUUUGCCCUUAUGUGUGAUGUGUGAAGGAAACUCUAAUCUAAUCGGAUGUAGAUAGUGAAUAUCCUUUUCAGCAAAUGUCCCUUGUCAUUCAUCAUUAAACUGUAAGUGGGUUUAUA